UAUAUUUACUUACAUUGGUUAUCUCUGUUUGUUUACAAAAAUGUAAGAGAUGCUCAAUAGUACCUAUCUUACAAAUUUAAUUAUAAAUAGUUUAAUAGUUAAUAGUUAUUAUUAAAUAUUUUAACUUAUUAGGUAUUUCAAAAAAUAUUAAAUUUAAAGAAUAUUUUUACAUAAUUAAUAUCUAAUGUGCAGUACUCUAUGUACUCGGUAGUAGUACAAGUAGACCAUGUUUAUACCAUGUAUAGCACGAUUUAAGACAUAUAUCUUAAAUUCUUAAAUCGUGAUGUACAGUAUCAUAAAUCAUGAUGUAGACAUUAACAACCACGAAUCCUAACAAACCUAGUCCAGUUAAAUUAUUGUAAUUUAUAGGUAUCUAUCUUAAUUUAUUAUAAGUUGGUAACAGGUAAAUAAAAUAGUCAAUUUAAUGGUAAAAUAAUCUUUUUUGAUUUUUCUGAAGUUAAUGCAUGAUUUUGACUGUAAAGUACUAGAGUAGAGAAUAAAUUAAAGUUAUUAUAGAUCAUUAUAGGUCAUUAAAGAUCCCGGGAGGAAGCAAUGCGAAAGUGGUCCCCAACUGGUUGUCGGUUUAAAACGAAAAAAAAAGGUCAUUAAUCAUUAUAGAUAGUAACUAUAUAUAGUCGUAGUUAGGAAGUAUAAGCAUUAAGCAUUGAUUUUAAAAUAUAAGAUUAUAAAAUCAAUGGUAUUAGUAAAUUUAUGAAGUAUGAACUGUCAACUGUGAUGGAAUAAAAAUUUUAAAUGUAAUCAAUGGUAAUAAAGAUACUAACAAUCCGUAAGAUCGGGAAUUUUCUAACUUUUAGUAGUUUUAUGGUUAACACUGUUAAAUAAAUACUAAUAUUCUUUGGGUUUUGGUUGAUAAAUUUAUUUUUGGAAAUUAAUUAUGAUUAUUAUUUAUUACUAGUGGAGUACCGAGUAGUAGCCUUUGGCUAGUUUGGCUCUUAUCCUGUAUGCUGUAUUCCUGUUGGCUGUUAUCCAUCAAUUAAUAGUUAAUAAAGUGUUUUACCUGUAAUUUAUAAAAGUAACCAAGGUGUAUUUAUCAAAUACACCUUGAAAGUAACAAUCAUUUAAAAUUUAAUUUCUACCGAAUAGUAAUUAUUAUAUUUUCACUGAACUGUUCUUUCUUGAUAAUAAAAGACUAAAAUAUUUUAAUAGAACAAUAUUUAACAUUAAUUUGAACUGUAACAAAAUCACUAAGAUAAAUAUUUUGUUACUUAACACAAAACAAAAACAAUUUGUAAUUGUGGAUGAAUAAUUCAUGAAACAUAAUUAAACAAUUAGUUUAAAUAUUAACAAAAAAAAUUAUUAAAAAGUAAAAUUAUACGACCAUAUUCAAAAGAAACAUCGACGAUGGAUGAAUUAUGUGAUAAAAUGACUGUCAUAAAUGUUACACCUCAUAUUAAUGUAACAAAUUAUAAACAACUAGAAUUAUUGUUAGAAUCAGAACCUGAACAAGUAUUUGAAUUUAUCAUAAAUAACAACAAUUUCAAACAUACAUUGAAUCAAUGUGUAGAUAUUACAGUACUCAUACAUUUGAUGAAUAUAUUUUCGAAAAUAAAAUUAUUGCAAUUAUUUCAAACAAAAUCUACUGUUUUAGAAAUUAUAUCUAAUUCAAAAUAUUUUGAGAAUUUAAAUAAUUAUCUUAUUGAUAUUACUAAACAUAACAAUUUAAUUAGUGAUAUAAAAUUACAAGAAUUCCUUGUUAACUGUAAAAUUAUAUUAGAACUUAUUGUAAAUCCAAAAUCUAAAGUUCUACUGAAUGAAAUAAUACAAUUUAUACAACCCAUUUUAAUCGAACCAAAUUCAAUAGAUAUUCAAGAAUUAAUGUUGUUAAAUGAUGAUUUGAAAACCAAAAACAUGUUGAAAAGUGUUGUGCAUUAUGAUGUUAAGAGGUGGCCACAAUGUUAUAAAACCCUUUCUAUUUAUCCUGUAAUUAAAGACAUUAUUGCAAAAAAAGUAAUUUUGAGUCCAAAUAUAAUGAAAGGGAGUUAUGAUAAUGUAGAGCAUUAUAUCGAUGUUCAAUUUCGUUUACUUCGUGAAGAUAUUUUAGCUCCAAUGCGAGUAGGUAUUCAGUCCUAUAGAAUAAUGAGUAAAAUAAACCAAAAAUGUGUUACAAAAAUGCCAAAUAUGCAUAUUUAUUUUGGGGCAAAGAUUACAAUAAAUUAUAAGGAUAAAGAAACCUUUUUAGUGCAUUUUUUUACUAAAGAAGAUUACUCAAUUAAUUCAAAAAGAUUUAUGUUUGAAUCGUUAUUAGUAUUUAGUAAUGAUAAUUUUGAUUCAAUGUUUUUUGCUACAGUUAUAGCAAUGAAGCGACAAAAAGAAUUAUCAAUAAAAACAUUAAUAAUGCAACCUUUGGAUAAUAAAAUAUCUAUUAAAUUGAAUUCUUCUUAUACUAUGGCGGAAUCUGAUGCAUAUUUUUUACCUUAUAUGUAUAGUAUGGAUGUUUUAAAGACCUUUAACCAUUAUAAUUUUCCUAUGAAAUCUUACAUCGUAUAUGGAAAAAGUAAAUCUAAAGUUCCAGCAUACUUAAAAUAUAAUUCAAAAAUAUAUAAUAUUAAUGGUUCACAGUUUGAUAUCUUAAAUGAUAAGCUUUGGCCAGAUAACAAGGUUUUAGGACUUGACUGUGCUCAAAGAAAGGCUUUUAAAGCAGCAUUAACUGAAGAAUUUACUGUAAUUCAAGGACCUCCUGGUACUGGCAAAACAUACAUCGGUCUUAGAAUAGCCAGAAGUAUUAUAGAAAAUAUGUAUGAAACAAAUACACUUAAAAGACCAAUUGUAGUUGUAUGUUAUACAAAUCAUGCCCUAGAUCAAUUUCUUGAAGGAUUAAUUAAUAUCACUAAAAAUAUUACAAGGAUUGGUGGUGGAUGUAAAUCUGCUAUUUUAAAAUCUCAUGUAUUAGCAAACAUUAAUAGUUCUGAAGCGAAAUUGCAUUUGAAGAAUUCAUAUGUAGUCGGUAUUACUACUACUGGAGCUGCUAUGAGACAUUCUUUGUUGUUGGAUCUAAAAUCCCCUAUAGUUAUUGUAGAAGAAGCUGCUGAAGUCUUAGAAUCACACAUAGUUGCAUCUUUAACUGAAUAUUGUCAACAUUUAAUUUUAAUUGGAGAUCAUCAGCAAUUGCGGCCAAGAAAUGCAUCUUUUACACUUGCCAAACGGUUUAAUUUUGAUGUUUCAUUAUUUGAGCGUAUGGUAAAAAAUGAAUUUCCCUGUUAUACCUUAGCUACGCAACAUCGAAUGCGCCCAGAAAUAUCAGCUUUAAUAAAACCUAUUUAUCCUUUUUUAAUGGAUCAUAAAUCAGUUAAACAUAGAAGUGAUAUUGGUGGUGUUACUAAGAAUAUAUAUUUUAUUCACCACAAAGUACCUGAAGAGAAAGAAAUUCAUUCUAACAGUCACAGAAAUAUUCAUGAAGUAAAAUUUUUUAUAGAAUUUGCCAGAUAUCUAAUAAAACAAGGCUAUCAACAAAAUAAAAUUACUAUACUAGUUACCUAUCGAGAUCAACUAUUAGAAUUUCAAAAGAUUCAAGAAACAAGUUUUUUCUUAGAAGAUUUUAAAAUUGAAUGUGUAGAUGGCUAUCAGGGCGAAGAAAAUGAUAUUGUUCUGUUGUCUUUAGUACGCAGCAACAUUGAUAAUAGUAUUGGGUUUUUACACAUUCAAAAUCGUAUUUGUGUUGCCUUAUCUAGAGCUAGAAAUGGAUUGUAUAUCAUGGGAAACAUGGAUAAUCUUAUACAUUCAUCGAUAUGGAAAAAAAUCAGUCAAACACUAGUUGAUCAACAAGCUCUUGGCAAUAAAUUGACUUUAUGUUGUCAAAUUCAUAAUGAUUGGAUUAACUCAGUCUGUGAUAGUCAGGAUUUUGCUAAUGCUCGGUGUUUAAAAGUAUGCAACAUUAAAAUGGAUUGCGGUCAUCACUGUCCACAUUUUUGUCAUUAUAUUGAUCAAUCUCAUAAAACCAUGUAUUGUUGUAAAAAGAAUUAUAUAAAGACAUUACAGUGUGGAUUCAAAAUCAAAAUAGAAUGCUGGAUGAGAUUUUUGACUUUUGAAUGUCCUCGAUAAGACUAGAUAAACUAGCUAUAUUUUUGGUUGAAGUUUAAAAUUAUGUACCAUUGGCAAAAUUAGUAGCAACGUGUUUUUAAGUAAGAAUGUUCAUCUCAAUGGAAGCACCACUUACACCAUUUCAAUUAUUACAUUUUUUUAAUGGAAAUUAUCACGGUCUGCUCUGGUCAUAUAAACAAAUAAUUAUUUAGGAUUAUUAUUAAACAUUUUAUAACUAUUUAAUUUUUCUUAAAUUGGUAAAUGUUCUUUGCCUGAUUCGUCCUAAAAAUGUGGAGGUCAGAAAUUACUAUGUUUAUGUUUAUAUAAUUUAAGUAUACAAUAAAUUAUUUGACUAAUUAAAAUGUUUUGUUCUGUAUAUAUUUUAGGGUUAUUAAAUUACAUAUAUAUAUAAAAUAAAUAAUUAAUGAACAUUUUCUUUUUGUGGUGGUCUUCAUAAUGAAAUUAGCUGUAAUUCUCAAAAUGAUGAAUUAAUAAUAAUUGAAUUUUAAAAUAAUUUAACAAAUAAUCACUUUCCUAUGUGCCUGCAAGAUUCUGAUUAAUUUUUUAUCAAAAGUAUUAAUGACCAAUGUUUAUAAAUCUACAUACUUUUUUUUAUGAUAUAAUUUUCUACAGUAUGCUUUAUAUGCUGUUGAAAUUUAAUUAUAGUAUUCCUGACAAAUUGUGUGAGGGACUUCUGGAGAAUAUAUUAUAAUUUCAAUGGUAAAUGUUGAUCGAAUAAAGUGGGAUAUUUUAAAAUUUCUCUAACAUUUUGUUAGUUUAAAUAGCACAA